UUCUUUAUUAAAAAAAAAAAAAGCUCUUACUAGCAGGUGUAGCCGUGUAGGCUUUUCAUGACUGUUGUUGUUGCCGUUUGGGAAUAUAGAAGGAGAGGCCAUUCGAGCCAGAGCACGAGCAUUUUGCACUGGAGUAGCUAUAACAAAUUUAACCGUCAGACUGUUAUGUACACAAUAUAUUUAAGAUUUCUAAUUUAAAUGGGAUACUCUCAAAGCCCAAACAACAAACACUCCUAAACGGCUAAUUGGCUAAACCCUAACACAUCACUCCUCUGUCCUCUCCCACGCUGCUGCCGUCGUCUCUAACCCAUCGCUGCUGCAAUUAUGUUGAACCUGUAGCUUUCUUCGAUUCUUCCCUGUCUCCUCCUCAGUCGGUUAAGCCACAUCAGCUUCGCCUCCGCCGACCUGGUGACCGCCGUCGGCCAUCGCGCACAGCAGUAACUCUCUGCUUCGUUCAAACUUCUGAGUUCCAAGUUGUAUUCUUUUUCUCUGCAGCUGCAAGUAGGACAGUGGUUGAAGUUGAACAGACCAAGAACUGGGCAUCCUCUACAAACUGCACUACUCUUGCAGAGCUACUCCAGUGCAAAAUGCCCAGAAGGCCAAGAACACAUUCCCAACAGCCCAGAACUUUGCCAUUUACAUUCUCCCCUUUUGCUCGUGCUCUGGCUCGAAUGGCCUCUCCUAUGCCCAAACGGCAACACCAACACUCCAAAUUUGAUGAAAAGCCUACACCUGCUAGUAAGUCCUCGUUAAAGGAGAAAGCCAAAGAAUAUGAGUCCUCUGAUGAGGAGUUUGAAGGAGUUGUCCAAGCAGACUUUUCCUUUUUUGAUCCUAAACCCAAUGACUUUCAUGGAGUGAAGACCUUGCUGCAAACAUACCUGGAUGAUAAGGAAUGGGAUUUAAGUGGAUUUGUAGAUUUAAUUUUGGCGCAGACUACAGUAGGCACUGUUGUAAAGAUAGAGGAUGAUGAGGAUGAAGGGCUUUUUGCUGUUGUUAGUGCUCUUAAUUUGUGGAGAUAUAGGGAGCAAAAAUGCAUUACGGAAGUUAAGGACUUUCUCCUAUCCAAAGCACGCCAAGAGAAGGGCAUUACUGAUAAAUUGAGGUUACUUUUGGAGGAACAAGCACGUGACAUAGGUCUCUUGGUUUCACAGCGUGUGUUGAACCUUCCUCCGCAACUCUUGCCACACCUUUAUGAAGCCCUUUUUGAUGAGGUGUCAUGGGCCACAGAAGAUGAGCCAACAGAGGACCUCCGGAAGUCUUUCCAGUUUAAGCAUUAUAUAAUACUCAGCAAAAUUUACGAGCACAAGAAUAUAGUAAAGAAAAGAAAACCAAGCUCCGACGAUGAUGAAGCAAUAAUUUAUGUAAAGCCUGAGGAUGAGAUUUUCCAUAAGUUGUGCUCAUGGUCCUUCUGUUUUCCAUUGCGAGCUCAGCAGCUUGCACCUCCUGAGCUAAAGAAUUACAGGCCAAUGGGAUUAGUCAUGGCUGUUGAGGCAGGCAAAAUUCCAGCAUUUCGUCAAGAGUUAGGUUCUCUAAUCAGUGAAACUUGAAGCAGCAAGGUUGCACAAUUUCCAUUAUACAUACAACCUAACUGCUGAAGCUUUUCAUCUAUUUCAACCUUCACAAUUCUUUUGAGCUGCCAAAUUUUGAUCCCGCCCGCAAAUUAUCCAAUUUUAACGAGAUGGUGAAGAUAAUUUUGUUUCCCCUCUUGUUUCUGUUGUACGGUUUUCCUGCAGUUAUUGGGAUUCCAUACAUGAUGUGGUAAAACUUCCAUGAAUUUUUGCCAUGAAAAGAGGAUUGGAAAUACAUAAUUCGGUUUUUUAAUUUUUACUGAACCUGAUGAAGAAGUAAUAUUUUCUCAGUUCGAUCCGUUGGUAAAACAUAAUCCAAUUCAUUUGAUUUAAGUCCCAAAGUAUUUUAUGA